GGGUGCAGGUGGCAGGGGCCGAGGAGGGCAGGCGCUGGGUUUCUCCCGGUGCCUUCAGUGAGUGCGGAGCAGAGCAACGCCCGGGUGAGGCUGCCGGGUCCAGCCGUCCCUUGCUCGCGGGGCUGAGCGUGCAAGCGCUCGCAGACGUGGGGAAGGGGCACGGGCUGGCGCAGGCUGCGGGGAAAGGGAGGCAGAGCCUGCAGCCGCUGGGCGAGCUCUGCGAGGAGGAGCAGGGAGCAGGAAGGGACUCCUUUGUGCCCAUGUUCUCCGCUUUCUAGACCGCCCAGCCCCUCGAGCCGGGGAGGAUGAGAGCCCCUUUCCUCUGAGCCGUCGGUGCCCGGUCAGGACGGAGCCAUGGACGGGGAGCCGGACCUGCCCAACAUCACCCAGUUCUGGUACUCCUCGGCCUCGCCCUUCCACAACCUGUCCACCGAGACGCCCGCCAACGCCUCCCAGAACGUCACCCACAACCACUUCGACCUGACCAGCAACGCCGUCCUCACCCUCAUCUACUUCGUGGUGUGUAUCAUCGGGCUCUGCGGCAACACCCUGGUGAUCUAUGUCAUCCUCCGCUACGCCAAGAUGAAGACCAUCACCAAUAUCUACAUCCUCAACCUGGCCAUCGCCGACGAGCUCUUCAUGCUGGGGCUGCCGUUCUUGGCCAUGCAAGUGGCGCUGGUCCACUGGCCCUUUGGCAAAGCCAUCUGCCGGGUCGUCAUGACGGUGGACGGGAUCAACCAGUUCACCAGCAUCUUCUGCCUCACCGUCAUGAGCAUCGACCGGUACCUGGCCGUGGUCCAUCCCAUCAAGUCUGCCAAGUGGAGGCGGCCUAGGACGGCCAAAAUGAUCAACGUGGCCGUGUGGGGGCUCUCUCUGUUGGUCAUCAUGCCCAUCAUGAUCUACGCCGGGGUGCAGAGCAAUCACGGGCGCAGCAGCUGCACCAUCAUCUGGCCGGACGAGUCCGGCGCGUGGUACACGGGCUUCAUCAUCUACGCCUUCAUCCUGGGCUUCCUAGUGCCCCUCACCAUCAUCUGCCUUUGCUACUUAUUCAUCAUCAUCAAGGUCAAGUCCUCCGGCAUCCGAGUGGGCUCCUCCAAAAGGAAAAAGUCGGAGAAGAAAGUCACCCGGAUGGUCUCCAUUGUGGUCGCCGUCUUCAUCUUCUGCUGGCUCCCCUUCUACAUCUUCAACGUCUCCUCCGUCUCCGUCCUGAUCGUGCCCACGCCCGCCCUCAAGGGCAUGUUCGACUUCGUCGUGGUCCUCAGCUACGCCAACAGCUGUGCCAACCCCAUCCUCUACGCCUUCCUGUCCGACAACUUCAAGAAGAGCUUUCAGAACGUCCUCUGCCUGGUGAAGGUCAGUGGCAUGGACGAUGCGGACAGGAGCGACAGCAAGCAGGAUAAAUCUAGGCUAAACGAGACCACGGAAACCCAAAGGACCCUCCUCAAUGGGGAUCUGCAGACCAGCAUCUAAGGGGACUCUGGGAUUGUCCUUCAUCAGUGUUCCUCUCCUCCUCCUUAGGGCAGUAGCACGCGGCGAGUCAGGUCCAGAGCGCUUGACCUUUGCUCGGUCCCGGGGGUGGUGGUGUCACAACUCAUGGGGAAGGGGGCAGGGUCCCGUACCCAGACGAACUGCUCAACUGCAGGCAGGUUGGCUGUCAAAUCCCGAGAAGGAUGUAGCUCAGAUGACACGCUGAGAGCCACCCCUUGGAAAAGCUCACAUGCAUGAGUGUGCAUUUAAAGCAGGCAGUCCCAGGCCAAGCUCAGCCCUGCUGCCACUCCAUCGAUCCCUUUGGCGUUACCCACAGGGACGAUGGCAGGGGUCCUGGCAUGCAGGCUGCGUUCACACAUAAGGAAACAGCGGGGCCGAGGCAGCCCUGUCCGGCAGGGUGGCAUGGACACAGCCCGGGGUGCUCAUGCUAUGUGCUUGCACGCAUUGGCAUGCUCCAUCCCACCCCGGCGUGUCUUACGCACAGACAUUUCUGCCUGCGUCUUUGCAAAGCAGGGCAUGCAGCUGGGGACACUGAAGCUGGCCGAGAGCACCAGUGCACACCUUCACAGCCAAACCCUCUGGUAGGGCAUGCAAAAUAUGCAGGUCCUCCCCACACCCCAUAUUCAAAGCUUUGUAUUAUUUGAUCAUUAAGCAGGUCCCCCGGCCCCCCGCGGCUUUCGGAGGCUGCCGGUGCAUUAUUUAGUGGCAUUCCUGCCACUAGGGAAGCAACAAAACUCGGAUCACAUCCGAAGAAAAACAUCCCUGUCCCCGGUCAGGCAGCCAGGCACCUCCGUGUCUGUGUGUGCCCGGCCUUUCCCAUCACUAGCUGCGGGUGGGCAUCAGCUCGGGGCUGGCUCUCCCACCUCGGAUCUCAGAGCAGCUGCUUUUCCCCUUUCUCCCUUCAAACUCGGCUGGCCAAAAAAACGCUCUCUUCAAUGUAAAAUGUGCCCUUCUUCCCUGCCCCCUUAAUGCUGAUCUCGCCUGCAGGGCCUCAUCACCUGGCCUGCAGGUCUGGGAAUUUGGCUUCAUGCUGCACAUUUCCAGACGUGUGGGGAGACCUGCAGGUGGGCUGACAUGGGCUGGAUGUGGCCUGGGAGCCAGGGAAAAUGCUGCUGCUUUAGAAAACAGGCUGGGAGAGAGUCAGUCCUGAGCUAGCGGGGGGGUUAGGUUCAUUUCAUAGAUGUUAGGGGCUGGAAGGGACCUUACAGAUCAUCGGGUCCAGCCCCGCUGCACUUGGGGCUGGGGCAGACGACUUGAGAGUCCUCCCUGGUGAUUUUAGUGGCCACAAGUCCCAAAGCCAUUGUCUGCCUGUCCUUUUCCUCUCCUGAGCAAUGCACGUUGUUUGCUUUUCCCUACCAAGCUCGCAGAGGGUGUGCCUAGCAGCUCGGGUCUUUGAGUCCUCGGCAGGAGGGGUUUGGAGAUGCCUGGCUUGGGGGGUCUGCCGUGCCCGCACGUUGCAAGCAGCUGGAGACUAGUUCUGCGCAGGUGGCUGUUUUAUCUGGGCAUGGACGUUGCUGAUGCAGAGAAGAUGGUUUUGAAGGACUGGAUGAGGUGACACAACACCCCCGCCUUGCUCCUUCCCUCUCGCUCUUGGCUUCCCCGAGGCCGACCCUCUUCAGUGGAUUCCAGUUGAAC